AUGUGGCGACUAGCGCCACUGGUGGUGCGGUUGACCGCCGUAUCACUGGUGGCCAUAGCGGUCGCCGAGCCCGGCAGCGAGACCGACCUGACGCUGCCGGUGCGGGUGACCGCGGCUCCCGUGCGGAUCACAUCGGCGCCCCGCAAAGCGGAGCGUAAGCAGAGGAACCGCCGACGUACCACCACCACCACCACGACCACACCCGAUCCGGAUGAAGAGGAUGAUAUUGACAUCACCACGCCCGUUGCGACCACCACAGUCGACCCAAGGACCUUUGAUCACACUGACGUGGGCAGCUGUGAAGUGCCUCUUGGCAUGGAGAAUGGGAUGAUAUCCAACGAGUCCCUCUCAUCUAGCUCCAGCUACGACCAGAGCGUCUCGCCACUCAGCUCAAGGAUCAGGACGGAGAUUCGCGGCGGGGCGUGGUGCCCCAAUGGGUUGAUCUCCCCCCGAAGCCGACAGUUCCUGGAGAUCGACCUUCGCGACGAGUACCUCAUCACAGCUACUGAGUCCCAGGGUCGCUUCGCCAACUCAGUGGGCGUCGAAUUCGUCGAGAGCUACCUGGUUGAGUACUGGCGCUCGGCGCUCAACCGCUGGGUCAAAUAUAAAGAUUUCAAUGGAAGCAGAUUGAUACCUGGAAACGUGAACACAUACACAGCUAAGAAGACAACCUUGGAAGCUCCUUUCAUAGCGUCCAAGGUGCGGUUCUUCCCCUACGCUGCCCACCCCAGAACGGCGUGCAUGCGGGUGGAGCUCUACGGAUGCCGGUGGAAACAAGCUUUAGUGGCCUACUCCGCGCCUAGAGGAGGCGACAUGCAGGCCAUGACCGGAGGCGCCAAGUUCGAAGACAUGGCAUACGACGGCGUUCUGAGAGAUGGAAGACUGUCAGACGGUCUCGGACAGAUGACCGAUUCUCUGUUAGGACCGAACGAUUUUGAAUUGCCUGACCCUGUAGAUACUAGAGGAACUCGCUGGGUCGGUUGGAAUAAGACAAUGUUAUUAGAAGACGAGGUCGAAUUGACAUUCAACUUUACUGAUACAAGACUCUUCCACCACAUCGAUAUUCACACUAACAAUAUGUUUACUAAAGACGUUCAGCUCUUCAAAGAAGCUGAAGUAUACUUCUCGCUCGAAGGAGAGCGUUGGCAAGAAGACUACAUAUCUUACGAGCCCAAGCAAGACCGCGUGUCAGAGCAUGCACGCGUCAUUCAUAUUGACCUACAGAACCGAACGGCUAAACACAUUAUGAUAAAACUCAAGUUCCAGCAUGAAUGGAUACUAAUUAGCGAAAUUACAUUCAAAUCUGUUCCCACAACGGUCAACGCAUCGGCCGAAUUCCUUGAAGAAUACUACAGGACCGAUAUACCACCGUCCUCUAGAAAGAAACGCAACUCCUCGCUUAGAGUAUCAGUCGGAUUGGCUUGCGGUGCGGUGGUGGGCGGCGGGGCCUUUAUAGCUGCCACUGCUGUGUUACUAACCAAGAAAACUAGACGUCGCAUCCCCAAUAUGCUGAAGAAGCCGUUCUGUCCGGCAUUGAGAAGCAACAACGCAAACUCGAGGAACAACCGCCGGGCACCACGGCUGGCGCUGGCUUUAGCGAACUGUCCGCCGAUCCAUAUGCUACGGCCUGCGGUCGUUGACGAGGAUUACCGGGAGCCGUACAAUAUUUGGAGGGAGACCCUGGGCCGCCGCGACAAGCGCGACGCCCAUGAUCAAAACGAAUACAAUGAAAUAUGCGAGGAUCCAGAGUUUCCGCGCCCCUAUAUGAUGAAGCGGCCGGACCCACACGAAAGUUUUUACGCUGCCACGGAUAUUAUACAUCAUACGUACCCGGAAGAACGCGCAUGCCGCCGUGAACGGCCCACGCCUGGGCUAUUCACCUCCAUCAAACUACCUGAAGCCGAGCCCCCAAACGGAGUGGCGCCCCUGCUAGACUUCCCGCGGGGGCGCAUGCGACCAGUUACCUUCUUGGGCGAGGGCCCUCAUGGGAAUCUCCAAAUUUGCGAGACGGAUGGUAUCGAAGAGCUGAGCGACGAGGAAUCCCCGAACGGAGGACAACGCCGCCUUGUUGUUGUCAAGACCCUGUGGCGCGGGUGCCAUAACGACGUCAAGGCGGCGUUUGCCCGGGAAGCUACAUGGGGCGCAGGCCUGAAGCACCCACAACUCGCCAGAGUUCUAGGUUUGAGCCUGCUAGAGCCCCCAUGCGCAGCUCUAGACCGCGGCAAUGCCGUACCACUGCCUACGAUAUUGAGACAGGACAGGAAAUUGAAUUAUUCCAGUUUGAUUCACAUAUGCUGUCAGAUAGCAGCAGGCAUGAAGUAUCUGGAGUCAUUCGAGUUAGUACACCGGGAUCUCGCGGCCCGAAACGUCACCGUCAGUGAAGAUCUCAACGUUAAAGUGUCGGACUACGCCAUGUUCUGUGAGGAGUUUGUAAGCGACUACCACGUCAUGGCUGACGGCACCCGGCUCCCCCUCCGUUGGAUGGCCUGGGAGAGCUUACUAUUGGGAAUGUACUCCCCAGCAAGUGAUGUAUGGUCAUUCGGCGUGACCGUUUGGGAGGUCCUCACCUAUUGCCUGGACAAGCCAUUUGAGGAAAUGAACGAUGACCAGGUGGUGGCCAACGCGAGCGAGUGGCGCUGCGGCGGCCGCGGCGCCCGAGUGCCGGCGGCGCCGCCGCCGCGCUGCCGCCGGGAGCUCUACGACCUCAUGCACGAGUGCUGGCGUCGCGAACCCUCCCAGCGGCCCCGCUUCCACGACCUCCAUCGCUUCCUAGACCGCAUGACCCACGGGUACAAACCACCCGCAAACCGCUAA